UGAGCUGAGCUGGGUUGGUUCGUCCCCCCUGGCCUCCCUCACCUUCCCCUUUCCCAUUGCCUCCCACCUUCUCCCUCCGUCCGUCCGGCUCCGGCUCCGGCGCCUUUCCCCACGCCACCGCCGCGCCGGCGCUCCCCCUCACAAGCAAGCAAGCAGAGCGAGAGCAGGGAACAAAUGCCGGCCAGGACGACGACAACGACUCUCUAGCUAGGCAUCAAGCCUCCAGAUUAACUACCUAAAAUGGAGGGCUGUGACUGCAUCGAGCCGUUCUGGCCGACCGACGAGCUCCUCAUCAAGUACCAGUACAUCUCGGACUUCUUCAUAGCGCUCGCCUACUUCUCCAUCCCGCUCGAGCUCAUCUACUUCGUCAAGAAGUCGUCAUUCUUCCCCUACCGAUGGGUCCUCAUCCAGUUCGGCGCCUUCAUCGUCCUCUGUGGGGCCACCCACCUCAUAAACCUCUGGACCUUCACCAUGCACACCAAGACCGUCGCCAUCGUCAUGACUGUGGCCAAGGUCUCCACGGCCGUCGUGUCCUGCGCGACCGCCCUCAUGCUCGUUCACAUCAUACCCGAUUUGUUGAGCGUCAAGACAAGAGAGCUGUUUCUCAAGAAGAAGGCCGACGAGCUUGACAGGGAAAUGGGACUGAUACGCACGCAGGAGGAGACGGGGAGGCAUGUCAGAAUGCUCACCCAUGAGAUCAGGAGCACGCUUGACAGGCACACCAUCUUGAUGACUACUCUGGUUGAGCUAGGGAGGACGUUGGGUCUGGAGGAAUGUGCCUUGUGGAUGCCAUCACGGAGCGGUUCGAGCCUUCAGCUAACUCAUACUCUGCGCCACCCGAUCCCGGGUGGCUCGUCUGUGCAGAUCAAUCUUCCUGUUGUCAACCAAGUUUUCAGUAGCAACCGGGCGAUCAUCGUGCCGCAUACGUCUCCGUUGGCAAGGAUCCGCCCUGUUCAAGGCCGGUAUGUCCCACCGGAGGUGGCUGCUGUGAGAGUCCCCCUGCUGCACCUUUCAAACUUCCAGAUAAAUGACUGGCCCGAGCUUUCGGCGAAAAGCUACGCGAUUAUGGUUUUGAUGCUCCCGUCUGAUAGUGCGAGGAAAUGGCAUGUUCAUGAACUGGAGCUUGUCGAGGUCGUCGCCGAUCAGGUAGCUGUUGCCCUCUCUCAUGCGGCUAUUCUUGAAGAAUCCAUGCGAGCACGUGAUCUACUGAUGGAUCAAAAUGUGGCCCUAGAUCUAGCUCGGCGAGAGGCUGAAAUGGCAAUACGUGCUCGCAAUGACUUCCUAGCUGUGAUGAAUCAUGAAAUGCGAACCCCGAUGAACGCGAUAAUAGCCCUUUCCUCCUUACUACUAGAAACUGAACUUACCCCUGAGCAGCGCCUAAUGGUGGAAACAGUGUUGAAAAGCAGCAACCUUUUAGCGACGCUCAUCAAUGACGUCUUGGAUCUUUCGAAACUCGAGGAUGGGAGUUUCGAACUGGAUAUAAGUGCAUUCAAUCUCCAUGCUGUUUUCAAAGAGGUGAUGAGUUUCGUCAAGCCGAUUGCAGCCAUAAAAAAACUCUCUGUGUCGGCCAUGUUAUCCCCUGACCUGCCCCUAUCUGCCAUCGGUGAUGAGAAGCGACUCAUGCAAACUAUUCUGAACGUCUGCGGCAAUGCCGUUAAGUUUACCAAGGAGGGCCACAUCUCGCUCGUAGCGUCAGUUGUGAAGUCUGACGCUCUAAGAGAGUUCAGAAGCACCGAUUUCCAUCCGGUCGCGACUGAUGGCCAUUUCUAUGUAAAAGUUCAGGUUAAAGAUACAGGGUGCGGCAUCAGCCCCCAGGAUGUAUCCCAUGUGUUCACAAAGUUUGCUCACACGCAGAGCGGCGGGAACCAGGGGUACAACGGCAGCGGCCUCGGGCUCGCCAUUUGCAAGAGGUUUGUGAGCCUGAUGGGUGGGCACAUAUGGCUGGAGAGCGACGGCGCGGGGAAGGGCUGCACGGCGACGUUCGUGGUGAAGCUGGGGGCCUGCGACGCGUACCAGCAGCCGGCGGUCCCUCUGGUGUGGCCGAGCCAUGCCGGCUCCGACCCGUCUGGCCCGGCUCGCAGAGAAGAGAGAGGGCUGUCUAACCUGAAACCUAGGUACCAGAGGAGUAUAUGACAUGAUAACCGAAACCGAUGGUUCAUCGUCUAAUUUUGUGGGUCGGGUGGGGUGAGGUAGGAGAUGGAAUGGAAGGUUCCGGGGGUAUGUUUGUUUGUACACAUGAUGUAAAGAGGAUGGUGAUUGGCGCGUCCUGUAAUCUGAUGGAUGUUGCUGUGCGGUUAAUAGUGCAUGGCAGCAGUAGGGUACGGUUGUUGCACCUGGCAAUGAUUCUGCUGCAGUGCUGUGCAGUGCUGGCCCGUUGUUGCAAAGAGUUGGAGGCCCAUUGCAGCAUGCAGCAAAGCACAACCAACCAGUGUAGUAGAUUCUGUAGUAACCAGAUGGAAAAGAGCUAUGGACGAAAUUUGUGAUGAAAUGUACAAGUCACUGAAGAUCUCUUGCAGUUUGGCUCA